GAUGUUUUCUAAUGAGCGAGGCGCACAGAGUGAGCAGAGCUGCUGUGGAAGGACUAAUCGCUAAUCCCUUUGUUAAUACGUCCAAUCUGCCUAUGUACUAACAUAUAUUACAAAGGAGCUUCAAGACGGGGACUCAAAGGAUUUGGUAGUUUGUUCCAGUGCGGCCUGACUGAGGAAGUGUAUGUUUGUGUGUCUAUCGCAACCAAACCGGGGACUUAUGUUUGCAUAUGAGUUGAUACAUCGGGCAUUUAGCUUAUCUAUCUAGCAAGGAAUUCCAGUUUGAUUAGCAGUUUUGAUUAUUCAUAGAAUUUAAUAUUAUUUUCAGUAUUGGUUGUCGGUUUGGACGUUUUGUUUUUUUGGCCUUUAUUGAGAAUUUUUCUAUUAAAAGGAAAAGUGUGUGUGUUUGUUGGUUGGCCUUUUGCGUGUUUGUUUGCCGGCCAUGCCCUUGCCUGCGCCUGAUGCCCCGGCAUCUCAGAGGCUGGCACUGGAUUGUCGUACCCUUCUGGACCAUCGCGUUCCCAAGGGGGUUUGUGGAUGUUGCGGGGCGCUAAGGCCUCGGUACAAGAGACUGGUAGACAACAUCUUCCCAGAAGACCCAGAGGAUGGGCUGGUGAAGGCCAACAUGGAGAAGCUGACAUUCUACGCCCUGUCGGCUCCAGAGAAGCUCGACCGGAUCGGAGCCUACCUGUCUGAGAGGUUGUCGAGGGAUGUGGCCCGACACCGAUACGGGUAUGUGUGCAUUGCCAUGGAGGCACUGGACCAGCUGCUGAUGGCCUGCCACUGUCAGAGCAUCAAUCUGUUUGUGGAGAGUUUCCUCAAGAUGGUGCGUAAGCUUCUGGAAUCUGACAAGCCCAGCCUGCAGAUCCUUGGAACCAACUCUUUUGUGAAGUUUGCCAACAUAGAAGAGGAUACACCAUCAUACCACCGCAGUUAUGACUUCUUUGUGUCCCGCUUCAGCGAAAUGUGCCACUCUAGUUUCGAGGAUCCGGACAUCCGCACUAAGAUCCGCAUGGCAGGUAUCAAGGGCCUGCAGGGUGUUGUGAGAAAGACUGUGAAUGAUGAGCUGCAGGCCAACAUCUGGGACCCUCAGCACAUGGACAAGAUCGUCCCCUCUCUGCUCUUCAACCUGCAGAGCGGAGAGCGCACAGAGAGCCGCUCCCCCUCUCCGCUGCAGGCGUCGGAGAAGGAGAAGGAGAGUCCGGUGGAGCUGACGGAGCGCUGCUUCAGGGAGCUGUUGGGACGAGCCGCCUACGGAAACAUCAAGAAUGCCGUCACGCCGGUUUUGAUGCACUUGGAUAACCACUCUCUAUGGGAGGGAAAGACAUUUGCAGUGCGUUGCUUCAAAAUCAUCAUGUACUCCAUCCAGUCCCAGCACUCCCACUUGGUAAUCCAGCAGCUCCUCGGCCACCUGGAUGCUAACAGCAAGAAUUCAGCCACGGUGCGAGCUGGGAUAGUGGAAGUGCUGCUGGAAGCAGCCGCCAUUGCAGCCAGCGGCUCCGUGGGCCCCACAGUGUUGGAGGUGUUCAACACGCUGCUGCGGCAGCUCCGUCUGAGCGCCGACUACGAGCUGACCGGCUCCUACGACGGCAGCACCAACAUCGGCACGAAGAUCAUCAAAGCCCACGAGGAGAGGCAGCUGCAGGAGGCCGUCAUCAGGACCAUUGGUUCAUUUGCCAACACUCUGCCAACAUAUCAGAGGUCAGAGGUCAUGCUCUUCAUCAUGGGUAAAAUCCCCGUCCCUGGGAUUCACCCAGCCAUGCUCUCCUCAGGCUCUGGCUCUGAGGGUACCAGGAUGAUUCAGGUCAUGUUACUGAAGUCCCUGGUCCAGGUGACUGCCGGUUUCCAGACCACGAACAUGCUGACGGCACUGCCCACCUCCUUCCUGGAGCCGCUGCUUUCCUUCUUCCUGACAGAAGACCCAGAGAUCCGGUUGUUGGUGCUGCAGAUCCUCCUCAGUCUCAUUGACCGGCACGACAACACGGCCAAGUUCCGAAACAUCAGCAUCAUCUCGGACAUCUCUGUGCUCAAACUCAAAGUGGACAAAUGUUCCAGACAGGACAACUUAUUCAUGAAAAAGCAUGGCCAGCAGCUCUAUCGACACAUCUACCUGGGCUGCAAGGAGCAGAGCAGCAGCCGGCAGCACUACGAGUCCCUCUUCGCUCUGCUGGGCAUCCUCAGCGUGGAGCUGGCUAACGAAGAGGUGGUGGUGGACCUCAUUCGCCUGGCCCUGGCCCUGCAGGACCUGGCUCUGUCCACCGACGAGGUUCUGCCCGUGUUUAACCGCUGCGCCGUUCAUGCCCUCGCCGCCGCCUACCUCAACCUCAUCUGCCAGCUCACCACCGUCCCAGCCUUCUGCCAGCACAUCCAGGAGGUAAUUGAGGUGAGACAGAAAAAAAGUCCCUACUUUCUGCCUGAGGAUGUCUUCGUUGAUGACCCCAAACUCACUUCACUGGAGAAGGUGGAAGGGGACAUUUUGUUCCUCCAGUCAAAGAUCACAGAGGUGCUCGGAGGAAGUGGUUAUAACACAGAAAGGCUGGCUACGCCUUAUGUCCCUCAGUACACUGAUGAGGACCGUCUGUCCAAGAGAAAGAGCAUCGGGGAGACCAUCUCGCUGCAGGUGGAGAUGGAGUCCAGGAACAGUCCAGAGAAAGAGGAGAGGACACCAGCAGAGGAGAUCACUUUUGAAACCCUGAAAAAUGCCAUUGUGGAUAGUGUGGGUAUGGAGGAGCAGGAGAGGGAGCGGAGGAGACAAGUGGUGGAGAAGUUUCAGAAGGCCCCCUUCGAGGAGAUAGCGGCACACUGUGGUGCCCGGGCCACACUCCUGCAGAGCAAACUCAAUCAGAUCUUUGACAUUACAAUCAGACCCCCGCCCAGCCCAUCUGGAACCAUUUCGUCAGGUUAUGGCCAAAGCCAGAGUCGAUCUAUACCCAUCUACGAGAUGAAGUUCCCGGAUCUCUGUGUGUACUAGACCGCGAAGCAAAGGCACACAACUAUUUCACGGUUAAAGGCCAGGAGGGAUCUGGGAGUUGCCACCGAUGACUCACUGUAAAGCAAUCUUGAACGUGGAAUCCAACGACAACAACCGCGGCGGACGAGGAGAUAACCGUAGUUGUUUUGAAGCCAACUCGAGAACAAGCCACAUCUUUAAUAACUUAUUUUCCUGGAUGAUUUCCGUCCAGUGAUGGUAGCCAAAACAAGUCUGCUAAAGUCAAUAACCGCAGCACUGAUAACAAGUGUUUUUUUGCGCAAUCCCCUCAGUUGUCCUUAAAGGUCUGAAAAUUUGAGUGAGUGUAAGAAGAACUGUGAGGGAAAAAUCUGAACCAUUUCCUGUGGCUUUGGAAUGAAUUGACUUGUUGCAUGCCAAUUGUAGGACAUUCUUUUGACCCGUUUGUCCCUUACGGGGUGCCAUACUAUGAUUCAUGACAAAGUAAGUUUUUUUUUACCCGUAUUGAUAUUUUAUUUUUUACCUACUUUUUUUUUUUUUUUUCUAUUGAUGACAUGGCUAGGAUGAGCUUGAAUGAAUUAGAUUGCAUUUUACUUUACCUGUUAGUGUAUUUUUGUGUAUGUUUGAAUGACAUAUAUAUUUUACAGUGUUAUCUUUAUGAAGGUAAAACUUCUCAUCGCCUUUUUUUGCUUUUUUCACAACGGGAAUUUAUUUCCUGCACCUGUUUUUUAAAUUUUCUUCUCUAUUUUAGCCAUGUUUUAAAUGAAAGGAAACUGUCAAUCUGAGUGCUAUCCUCCCAAAGUGAGUGUGCCUUACAGGUGACUCAAGUUAGAACAUACACAAAAACACACACUCUGCGCCACAGUCAUGACCACACUAAACUGUUUUAACUGUGAUGUUAACCCGAUUGAACACUGGAAGAUUAUUAUGGAUCCUUUGUUUUUCUCCUCUCCAUAUAAAUGUGUAUAUACAGAGAAAUAUAUAAAUCUUUAAGCUAAUGUACAGAGUAGAGAGGUUUUUCUGUCUGUCUUUGUGUAUAAAUACUGUACAUUGGUUCUGGUUUUCGACUGCCACUGCACUAAUUGUAAGGAAGGGAAAGAGCUACUUAGUUGGCAUUCGGAUACGUUUGUUUAAAAUCUCACAAGGACAACCAGCAGCAUAUGAAAUCAAAGAGGUGCAUCGACGAGGGUCUCGUCGGACCCCCAGUAGACACCUGCAUCAUCUCCAAAUCAUUAGAUCGCACAAGUGACGUCUUGUGUCCCCGCGAAAGAGUUGACGAACCCUGAAAUAAUGACCGUCGUUAUUACCCGCUUCCAGCGUUACCUUGUAAACCCCGCUAGAGCUAGUUGGUCCUCAUGCCCCCCCCCCCCCCCCCCCAUUUGUCUCAUUCAGCAAGAUCCAAAUGCGUCUAAAAGCCAUCUUUGCGCGCACACAUGAAGAACCUGAGGUAUAAUGGCAAUAGUUUUGCUGCUGGCCGCAGCACAACUUGGUAGCAGCUCCAUUGUGUUUUCCUCUGUGCCGCGACGGUCCGUUUUGUGGCGUUGUUCUAAAACCCCCCCCCACCCAAUGCUUGUGAGAAUCGAGCUGCAGUUACCCGUGUUCAGUGUCUAGUUUGUCCCUGGUGGUCAUGUGACACGGUCAAGUUGUUGGUUUGUUUGAUCACCUUUUUUUAUUUUUAUUUAUUUUUCCAAAGUGUGUGUAGUGUGUGCUGCGUGUUUGUAAUGUCCACUCAUGCCAGUGCAUCAGCUCAGUUCAAAGUUGUGUGGUUGUGUUUGUUCAUCUGUCCCAUAUUACCCGAGACCAAACUUUUCAUACAGUCUUUGUCCAAUGAUUCUUUCCGCCACGUUAACAAAGAACAAGCCAUCGUAGUGCAACGUGCAGCUGUCAAAGCUUCCAGUCACACCUUGUCAAAUGUCAAAUGGUCUUUGCUGCAACAACCCGUAAAUCUAUCGGUGUGCUCGUCAUUGCAUAGUGUAAUGUAAUAAUGGCGGACGGUAAUUCAAUCUUACUUUUAUCAUUACAUGUCUGGUUAAUAGAUCUGUUUACAACGUAGUGCUGUAGGUCAUAUCUAUUCAUUCGGUGAACUUUGCACUUUAAAAACUGGAUAACCUAGUGACAAAGGCAGCUUUCACAUGGAGAAAAAUGCCUUAUGAGUGUCAUACCUGAAUUUGCAUGCUAGUGAUAUCACUGUGUUGUAUAAUAAAUGUGUAACCAGAACAUGUCUGAUCGGUUUCUGAUUUAUUUCGGGAGGGUGGGGUUGUCGAAAGGGAAAGCCUACUGAAGUGGAAUGUGUUUCAAUAAUAUGAUCUGCCUGAGAUGCAGGACGCUGCCGAGUGUCGUCAUGCAGUGUAUGAAAAAUAAUCCUUCAACUCCAAACACGGAUGUCUUCUUAGCAUUGAGCGUGCAGUCAGUUGCAGUGUUCAGCCGGGAAUUAAGCAAUUGCUUAGAUUCUUUAACUCUGCUUGUAGUGUUAUUUGACUUUGCUGUAAUAGACCAUGUUGUUUCUGUAACACUACCUGCAUCAGUGCCUGUUUUGUGUGUCAGAAUUAAACCCAACGUGUGUUUUA